AUCAUCUUAUAUUCUUAUAUUUAUGUUUAUAUUUUUAUGCUUGUUUAUUUUAUCUUGUCUAUAGAAUUUAGCAUCAGAAUAUUGACCUCUUCAUGAAAGUUUGUAGUAUAAAAAGAGAACGUCUUAAUCUCAUUCUCUUGCAUCCUUCCAAAAAAUCAUGUCUACUGUGAAGUUCCUCGAUUUCCAGUAUAGCAAAAACAAGUUAUCACAGAACUCAAAGCGUUUGUUUUCGUUUAGCAACAAGCAGUACUCAAGCAUCUUACCAGUUUUCCUACCAAGUGUGGAUGAAAUGCACCAAGUAUUUGAUAGAUUCGACAAGAACAAAGACGGUAAGAUAUCGCAAGAAGAGUAUAAAGCCAUACUCAAAACCAUGGGAAAAGCUGAAAGUGUAGGUAAGAUAUUUCAAGUAGCUGAUUCAAACAAAGAUGGUUACAUAGACUUCAAAGAGUUCAUGGCGUUGCAUAAAGAUGGAGGUGGUGUGAGGACUAUGGAUAUAAGGAAUGCGUUUCGUGUGUUUGAUUUGGAUGAAGAUGGGAAGAUAAGUUCAGAAGAAGUGCAUGAAAUGUUAAAGAGGUUAGGAGAAAGAUGUACGCUUGCUGAUUGUAGGAAUAUGGUCAGAGCAGCAGAUACAGAUGGGGAUGGCUUCAUAAGCAUGAAUGAGUUUAUAAUUAUGAUGACUCGUAAUAUGACUCGUCAUUAGACAAACUGUCUUAGCUUUUAAGCCCAUUAAUUAAUAUGAAUUUCGUAUACCAUGGAUGUGAUUUUCCUUGUUUAAA